GGGAGGUAACUCUACACGGAACUACAUGUAAGGUCAGUUUGUGGAACGGAUCAGAUAGACCUGUGUCACCCCGAAUAAUCAGCACUGAGAUAGUCCGAUCGAUGUCAUCCGUGUUUUUAUGUCUACAAAAACUCCAGAAAGCGGCAGUACUGUAUACCGUGAGGAGAAGUUUUUCUGAAAUCAAAAUAAUGUCAGAAAAAGCUCUCGGUCGAGGUACCCAGUGCCCCCCUCUGGCCCCUGGGACUCUCCGCCUCUACAGUAUGAGAUUCUGUCCGUACGCCCAGCGGACACGACUGGUCCUUCUGCAUAAGAAUGUAACAUUUGAGACAGUAAACAUCAAUUUAAAACAGAAACCCGACUGGUUUAAAGCACGAAAUCCCAUCGGCCUCGUUCCUGUAUUAGAAUGUGACGGCAAGGUGGUAUACGAGUCCAAUGUUUGCAACGAGUACAUAGAUAACGUGUACCCCAACCCCAAAUUGAUCCCAUCAGACUUUUAUCUCGCAAGCAGAGACAAGUUGCUAUGGGAAACGUUUGGAAAGGUGACGGAAUUAUUUUACGAGAUUCCAAAAUCUGUGGCCGAUGGAACGCUGGAUAGGUGUCUACGCCGAUUUAAGAGACAGUUAAAACGUUAUGAAGACGAGCUCAAACAGAGAGGGGAAUACUUCGGAGGGUCAUCGCCUUGUAUGGUGGAUUUUAUGAUCUGGCCCUGGUUUGAACGAGUGCCAAUUUUAUCAAUAAUAGCACCGGAGGCGGAAGUUAAUUCUAAAGAGUUUCCACAUUUGUCUUCCUGGAUGAAACUAAUGAUGGAACUUCCGGCUGUGAAAGAGACAUACGAGGAACCCUCGGCUCACAUUCAUUUCUUUUCGUCACUAAGGGCAGGAAAUCCAGACUAUGAUUACGGGCUGAGUUAACAAAAAUAAAACAAACAAACAAAAUAGCCUCAACAUUAUCAUGAUUAUACUGUUUAUUUGUGUAAUACAGUGUAGUACACAAUAUUUAUUUGUUUGAACAAAGCAGCUAAUAUUAUAUGUUUCAUAUAUUAAAAGUUGAAAUACG